UUCUGGGCUCGGAAGGGGCCGCUCGGCUUACCUCAGUGCUCGGAGGAACCUUUUGGGGCCGGGUUCGGUUUCCUCGUCGGGAGGUACGGGCACAAGACCGGCUUCCUGUUUCCGGUCGAUCUCUGCGUUUGGUGAAGGGUCAUUGGUCUGUCAGCAGCAUGGGGCAUGGCCACGAGCAUGGCAACAUUGAUUUUCCGGACUACAAGCAGUGGAAGAUAGAAGGGACUCCCCUUGAGGAUGUGCAGAAGAGGUUGGCCCGGCGAGGUCUCAGGGAUCCGUGGCUUCGCAAUGAAGCGUGGAGGUACUACGGCGAAUACGCCAAGCCCAACACUUUAAUGGGAGCCCUCUUCAAAGGAUUCAAAUGGGGAUUCGUGGCCUUCGUGGCCUCUCUUGCGGUGGAGUACGCAUUCUUCCCUCCAAAGAAAGACGAGGGGCAUCACUGAAGAUCGGAACGCCCCUUCUUCCCCCCCCCCUCCUGUGUGUUCUGACGCGCGCAUUAAAACAUUUAGGAGACAUAAA